AUGAGUAGGAGAACAGAAAGAGAAAGAGAAGAAGAACGGCGCCAUCUCGUCAGCACAUGGCCUCUGCAGCCACUAGAUCCUCCCACAGAAAUACCAACUUCACACUCUGUGAGUAGUUCCAUAGGAAUUAGUGGAUUGGAAGGCACAUCUCCACAAAGUCCACAUCAACUUCCAUCUUUGUCUAAAACUCCUCCUGCCACUACUGUAGAUACAAAUACCUUUCACACGAAAGAGACCCCAGUAACAGUAACAUUACCUCAUUUAUAUAGAGGUAAUUCAGACAAGGUACAAUCACCUUUAUUGGAGAUAAAAGCAAAAACACAAAGGCGAGAAAUUCCAUCUUAUAAUGUACGUACUGUAGUUAGACGUGAGAAUCAUCCACUUUGGUCCCCUUCUAUUAAAGUACAACUUCAAUAUUUAUUUGGUAAUAACAUUUCACAUAUUCAUUCCUCUCCAAGUGAGAAACAUAAAGCCGAUAAGAGACUUUUAGAAUCAUCAGAAGAUCCAAGACUCCAUACAUUUGAGGCAGCAAAAUGUUCUCAAAGUACUAUAGAUCGGAUGCCCCCUAAAAUGGUAAAAGAUAGUAAUCAUAUAAAACGUAUCAUCCCUACCAAAAUUGCCGUUAAAGCUUUGGAAUCUGAUGCAGCUCAUCAAAAAGAAGAAUUAGAUGAAAAUGAACCAUUACCAAAAGAAGAAGAAGAAGAAGAAGAAAAUCAGAAAAAGGAAAAAUGGGUAUAUUUGGGACCAAGAGAGUUUGCAACUCUUUUUUCAUUACUCUUACGGGAUGAAUGUGUUGCUCGACAGGCAAUUGUGGAGGAAGAACGAUAUGAGGCGAUUAGUACACUUCCACUCCCACCAUGUGCCUCACCAGAAACACUUCAUCCAGCAUUGGUAACCGGUUGUAAAGAGAUUUCCCUCACAGAAGAAAUUCUUAGACGAGAAUUAUUAACAGAAGAGGCAAGUGAAAUAGCCCCAUUGUGGGAUUUAUUUAUCUAUGAACAUCGUUGUUUUGUGAUGGGAACAGCACCAUUAAAGAAAUAUUUACAAAAGUGGUUGUGGUUAUAUAGAGGACGUAAAAUGCGGCAACAUGCACGAUUAGAACGUCUCUUUACACAAGAGUUCACAUCCCGUAAUGAAAUCACAAUGGAAUAUUGGGAAUCCCAACAACAACUCUUCACGGCUCUCACGACUGUAAUGGAGCAACUCUACCGAACAGCAGUGGAGCGACUACAGAUAUGUACACAGUAUGCACAUGGAGUGGCUUAUAUUCAUAUGCAAGAACAUUUAGAACGUUUUCCACUUUUGUAUGGGGCGGUGAUGUCAAAAACGUUUGUUUGUGGACGAAUAUCUGGUUUAACACUCUUUAAACAAUUGGACCUUUUAGAGCAACACGAUAGAUGGCAAAUAAUGAGAAUAGAAGAAGGUGAACGAAUUGGAGUUUCCUGUACAAUGCUUCGUGAGGAAUUGGUAGACUUUACGGAGAUUGAAGAUCGUCUGUUGAUUGUGAAUGAAGAGGCAACGGCGUGUAUGCAGUUGAGAUUUCGUUUACUCGCCGCAAGAGAAAGAUGCCACCGGCGUGAAUGGGAGAUUGUAGAGGCGUGUGAACGGGAACUCGAUCUGGAACCGGCAAUUAAGGCAAUAGUCGCAUCUAAUGAAGAAGAAGAGCCUUGGAAUUAG